AUGGCUCCCGCCCCCAGAGUAAUUGUUGUCGGCGGUGGAUUGUCCGGUCUCUCCGCCGCUCACACCGUCUACCUUAACGGUGGAAAUGUCCUCGUUUUAGAUAAGCAAGCUUUCUUCGGUGGCAACUCCACCAAGGCUACUUCGGGUAUCAAUGGCGCCCUUACUCGCACUCAGGUCGACCUGGGCAUCCAGGACAGCGUCAAGACCUUCUACGAAGACACCCUGAAAUCCGCCAGAGACAAGGCUCGCCCCGAGCUCAUUAAGGUCCUCACAUACAAGUCCGCAGCCGCUGUGGAAUGGCUGAUGGAUGUUUUCAACCUCGAUCUCACCCUUGUUUCUCGUCUCGGUGGUCACUCCCAGCCCCGCACACACCGUGGUCACGAUGCCAAAUUCCCUGGCAUGGCCAUCACCUACGCCCUCAUGCAACGGUUAGAAGAGCUUACCGAGAAGGAGCCCGAGCGUGUACAGAUCGUCAAGAAGGCUCGUGUCACCUCUGUCAACAAGACUGGCAACACCGUAACUGGUGUUACCUAUGAGUACGAUGGCGAGACACACACCGCCGACGGUAUUGUCAUCUUGGCCACUGGUGGUUAUGCCGCAGACUUCGGCGACGGCUCCCUUCUGAAGCAGCACCGCCCCGACACCUUCGGCCUGUCCAGCACGAACGGCACACACGCCACUGGUGAUGGUCAGAAGAUGUUGAUGGAGAUUGGUGCCAACGGUAUCGACAUGGACAAGGUUCAGGUCCACCCCACGGGUCUUGUUGACCCCAAGGACCCGACCGCCAAGUUCAAGUUCCUUGCUGCUGAGGCUCUCCGUGGUGAGGGUGGUCUUCUCCUUAACUCCGAUGGCCAGCGGUUCUCGGAUGAGCUCGGUCACCGUGAUUAUGUCUCGGGCCAGAUGUGGAAGGAGAAGGAGAAGGGCAAGUGGCCCAUUCGCCUCGUCCUGAACAGCAAGGCAUCCAACGUUUUGGACUUCCACACCCGUCACUACUCUGGCCGUGGUCUCAUGAAGAAGAUCUCCGGCAAGGAGUUGGCUAAGGAGAUCGGCUGCGGCGAGGCGGCUCUUCAGAAGACCUUCCAGGAAUACAAUGCCAUUGCUGAGGGCAAGCAGAAGGAUCCUUGGGGCAAGCGUUUCUUCCACAACCUGCCCUUCGACAUCAACGACACCUUCCACGUGGCUCUGAUGGAGCCUGUCCUGCACUUCACCAUGGGUGGUAUCGAGAUCAACGAGCACGCCGAGGUUCUGAACUCGGAGAAGAAGCCUUUUGAGGGACUCUAUGCUUGUGGUGAGCUCGCUGGUGGUGUCCACGGUGCCAACCGUCUCGGUGGUUCUUCUCUCCUGGGAUGUGUUGUCUACGGUCGCGUUGCUGGUGACAGCGCCAGCCAGCACCUCUUCCAGAAGCUGGUCUCUGGCGGUGCUUCCAGCGCUGCUCAGCGUCUGGGCCAGAUCUCUCUGCACAUCGAUCCUUCUACUCCAGGAAAGAUCUCCGUCGAGUGGAGCGGCGCUGCUGGCAGCGGUGCUCAGAUUCCCGCAGGUGCUGGAACUCCUGCUGCUGCUACUGAGCCUGCUAAGGCUAGCGCUACCCCGGCCGGUGCCUCUUCCACCGCCAAGGCCAAUGAUCCCAAGAAGUUCGAGAUCCCCGAGACCGAAUACUCCAUGGAAGAAAUUGCCAAGCACAACAAGAAGGACGACCUGUGGAUCGUCGUCAAGGGUGUCGUCCUGGAUGUGACCAACUGGCUGGAUGAGCACCCUGGUGGCGCUAACGCUCUCUUCAACUUCAUGGGCCGUGAUGCCACCGAAGAGUUCGCCAUGCUUCACGAUGACGAAGUCAUCCCCAAGUAUGCCGCCCAGAUUGUCAUCGGCCGCGUCAAGGGCCAGACCCCCAGCCUCGAGCUUUAG